GGGCUGGGGGGCCGCUGGCUUUGGCCCCGCCUGGGGCAGGAUGGUGAAUCUGGAGCCUAUGCACCCAGAUAUCAAGAUGAGUGGGGAUGUAGCAGAUUCCACAGACACUCGCAACACCCUCAGCCAGGUGGAGCCAGGAGAUCGGAAUGGCCUAGAUUUCAACAGACAGAUAAAAACAGAGGACCUCAGUGACUCCUUGCAGCAGACCCUAUCCCAUCGGCCAUGCCAUCUGAGCCAAGGACCUGCCAUGAUGUCUGGAAACCAAAUGUCUGGGGACAUGGCUUCUCUCCAUCCACUCCAGCAGCUUGUGCUGGUCCCUGGUCACUUGCAGUCAGUGUCCCAGUUCCUGCUUUCUCAGACCCAGCCUGGGCAACAAGGUCUGCAGCCGAAUCUCCUCCCCUUUCCACAGCAACAAAGCAGCCUCCUCCUCCCACAGACAGGGCCUGGCCUGGCAUCCCAGGCAGUUGGGCGCCCUGGGAUGCCAGGAUCCUCUUUAGAACCCCACCUAGAAGCAUCACAGCAUCUCCCAGCACCCAAGCAUCUACCUAGUUCUGGAGGGACUGAUGAGCCCAGUGACUUGGAGGAGCUGGAGAAGUUUGCCAAGACCUUCAAACAGAGACGCAUCAAGCUGGGCUUCACACAGGGAGAUGUAGGGUUGGCAAUGGGAAAGCUGUAUGGCAAUGACUUCAGCCAGACCACCAUCUCACGGUUCGAGGCCCUCAACCUGAGCUUUAAGAAUAUGUGCAAGCUCAAGCCACUGCUGGAGAAGUGGCUGAAUGACGCAGAGUCAUCUCCGUCAGACCCUUCGGUGAGCACACCCAGCUCUUACCCCACCCUCAGUGAAGUGUUUGGCAGAAAGAGGAAGAAACGGACCAGCAUCGAGACCAACAUCCGCCUGACUCUGGAGAAGAGAUUUCAGGAUAACCCCAAACCUAGCUCGGAAGAGAUUUCCAUGAUUGCAGAGCAGCUGUCCAUGGAGAAGGAGGUAGUGAGGGUCUGGUUCUGCAACCGACGCCAAAAGGAGAAGCGAAUCAACUGCCCUGUGGCCACACCUGUCAAAUCGCCCAUCUACAACUCCCGCCUGGUCUCUCCCUCAGGGUCUCUGGGCCCUCUCUCUGUCCCUCCUGUCCACAGCACCAUGCCUGGAACAGUAACGUCAUCCUGUUCCCCUGGAAACAACAGCAGGCCUUCAUCUCCUGGCUCAGGACUCCACACCAGCAGCCCCACUGCAUCUCAAAAUAACUCUAAAGCAGCAAUGAACUCCUCCUCCAGUUUUAACUCCUCAGGAUCUUGGUACCGAUGGAAUCAUCCCACCUACCUCCACUGAGACCAAAAUGUUCCUCCCACUACACCUGGCCUCAUAUCCCUCAAUGAAAGGAAGGAAGAAGGGAGUUGUGCCUUUCAUAUAUGGACAUUACUUUCAGAAGAGUGGAAGAAAAGCCCUACUAUGAGCAAACCUACAUUCUUGCCUUCUUCAGGAAC